AUGGCAACCCUAGCCGAGAACCCUGUCGUCCCUCCCUCUUACGACCAAGACAUCGACUCAUUCCUCAACCUCGACCAACUCGGGUACACACCUACAGAGCCGGCCCGAUCGAAAAUCGGCUUGCCAACAUCGCAUCCGGCUCUCCCCAGCUCAGAGUAUGUUUCCAGCGAUACACGAAGUUCAAGCUUCGCCUCCAGUCAAUCACCCGUCGCGUUCCCCGCCCCUAGCCAUCAAUAUGACGAACACAAGCAACAGACCGGCAUCCCUCCUGGAGCUUUGGCCCAGGCUAUUCCCUUUAAUCAAGUGGUUCCGUUUGGCGCUCCAGGCUCGGGUUUCGCUGUGAAUGGGGACAUGUUCCAACCUCAGAUCAAGCGCGAUGAUGCGCCCCUGGAUUUCAACUCCACCCCAACCCGUAACAUCUCAGAGAUGGAUUUGGAGUCUGACAGCAUCAUCGCGACCGUGCCCGGCUUCUAUAUGUCACAACCAAACAACACCCAGUUUGUGGAUCCGAGUGCCCUCGGUGGACAGGAGGUCGUUCCCGCCAUGGGCUCCACACAAGUUGGACGCAUGUACCCUGGAAUGCACCAGCAAGCGGCCAUGGCCAAGGCUGCCCAACAGCAAAGGCAGCAUGACCUCUUCCGUCAACAGCAGCAACAGGGACACCUCCAGCAGCAACCUCAGUCUCAUCACGGACAGGUCCCAAAUGCAACAGUUGAUGAACGAAUUUCACGUCUUUUGCAGCAAAUGAAGUCCGCAUCUGGGUCACCCUCGGAUUCCUCUCCGUCACCGUCUGCCGCUCCUCUUACGAGAUCCAAGAAGGAUGAGCAAGACAUGGAUGAGGAUGAGAGGCUCCUCGCCAGCGAAGAAGGAAAAAAGUUGAGUAGCAAGGAGCGCCGGCAGCUUCGCAACAAGGUUUCAGCCCGUGCUUUCAGAUCUCGAAGGAAAGAAUACAUCGGACAGCUAGAGAACGAAGUUUCCCAGAGGACCAACGAAGCUCAGGAACUGCGCCAACAGAACCGUGCUCUCUGUGACGAAAAUGCUCGUCUCACAGACUUUGUUCGUCAACUCCUGUCGUCCCCCAGCUUUGCGCACUACUUGGAUGAGCAGCCAAACGUCAAUGGCCUUCCUCAAAUGCCACCGCCGCACCUACCGCAGCAGCCGCAACACCCGGCCAUUUCCCAACCCGCGAUGCAGCAAGCACCCCCCGCCAAAGUUGAGACAACUCCCAAUCACAUUCAACAGGGUUACCCAAUGCAGCAGCAAAGCUCUCAGAUGGGAAUGAUGAUGGUUCCGAGCCAGGGCAUCGAUGUUUCCACAAUGAACAUGAACAAUGCUGGCUGGAACUCGGGUAUCGAUUUCAAUCCCUCCGUGUUUGCUGUCCUGGAAGUCCCCCAACCCCCUGCACUAGACGCUGCCGCCCUUUCCGGAAAAUCUUAUAGUCUUGACGGAGUCAGUUUUGCUGGGACUUCUAGUAACAAGGAUACUCCAUCGAUCCCAUGCUCUCCUUGCAUUGAAGGCUCUGGAGAAGAAACAUCCAUGGAUGCUGGGGACGUGAAUGUUGAGGUUGACGGAUCUGACCCUGUCCUUGCACUGUUUGCCGAUCAGCCGAAACAAUCCGUCUCGAAAAUCGCACAAGAACCUCUUUUUGAUGGAAUCGAGUCCGACAAAGCCCCCGCCUUUGAGCUUGUUGUCGAGAAUGACUCUAAGGCCGCCGCCAUUCGACUUGCUCACCUCUGCAGCAGCAUGGAGGAUGCCUUCCAGCGCGUCUCCAACCUGACCGCCCAUCUCCAAUAA